GAGCGUCGUGACUUACAACUUCUCGCUACCAUCAAAAUUGAGAGGGUUGUGAUUAAAAAUUGUCGAUGAGAAAAAAAGAAAUUAUUUGGAGAUCAGUGAGAGUAUGGGAACGGAAAUACCUACGUUGGUAGUAAGAAUCUUAAUAUAAGUUACUGUUUGGUCGUAUUAUCAGUGAACAGUAGUUGAAAGUACUCAAUUUAUCUGAACCUAAGGAUAAUGAAGGGUAGAGAUAAAUAGAAAGGGAUAUAUAUUUUGAUACUGUAAUCUAAUCAACAUCCUCAAUGACAGUUGGAAUAUAUCGUGCAUUGUGAAAAAAAUAUACAAAAAAAAGCAAACAAAAUUUGAACGUUUGAAUAUUAAUGUGUUUCGACUUCCGAAAUGAUAUAAUCAAGAGAGCUAUUCGAUUUCAACACAUACGAUUGUCGAUAGGAGAACUAGUGUAAAUAAAGAAUUUAAACAGUAUUUUAAAUGUUGAAUGGAGGUUUAAAUUGUUAUAAGAAAAAUACCGUUCUUUUGUAAUUCCUAAAAAUGUGCAAUAUUUUGGAAUUGUCUUUCAUAUUUCUUGCAUUUUUCUGUGAUAUUAUUCAUUCCUGGAACGAACGUGGCUUGCAGAGAGACGAAAGAUAUAGCUGGCAGCGGGAUGAUCCCAAUUCCAGACUGCGGGGGAAGGUUUGUGGACCAUUAUCUAGACGAUACUGUUGUCGUGGUUGGACAAGAACUCCCGGCAGUUAUAGCUGCAUAAUUCCUACGUGUACACAAAGUUGUAAUGGUGGUAGAUGUGUACAACCUAAUCGAUGUUACUGUCAAAAUGGUCAGAUGUCUCAAAACUGUCCUCUAACACAGAACUGUAGUCCUGGCUGUAUGAAUGGAGGAAAAUGUUUGGGAAACAACAGGUGUGCAUGUUCUUAUGGAUAUUCAGGGAAAAGAUGUGAAAUUGACUACAGAACUGGACCAUGUUUUACGGAGUUGUCAGAUGACAUGUGCAGGGGUCAGCUGACAGGGGUUGUAUGUACCAAACUGUUAUGUUGUGCCACUGUAGGAAAGGCAUGGGGCAAUCCUUGUGAACAAUGUCCCACAGGGCCUACAAUCUGUAGAAAGGGAUUCCUGCCAAAUCAUCAGACUAAAACUUGCCAAGAUAUAGAUGAAUGUAAAGCUAUACCUGGUUUGUGUAUCGGAGGAAAGUGUGUCAAUACAAUGGGGUCCUACUUAUGUCAGUGUAGAGAAGGUCAGCGGGAGAAUCCAAUAACCAAAAAAUGUGAAGAUUUAAAUGAAUGCCAACAAAAUCCCAAUGCUUGUACGAAUGGCCAGUGUAUCAAUACAGAGGGUAGCUACUUCUGUAGAUGUAAUCCUGGGUUUGAGUUGACAGCUGAUAGAACUCAAUGUCUUGCUAUCCUGAGAAAGUAUUGUUUUGGCAGAGUCUCUGGUUCCAGAUGUACUGAUAGAAUGUCCAGUUUGUUAUCUUUAGCUGACUGUUGUUGUCGGGCUGGGAGAGGCUGGGGAGAUUCUGAACAGUGUAUGCAAUGUCCACCAUCAGGAACUCCUGGAUACCAGGAGUUAUGCACAUUAGGAGAAAACAUUAACAGUACAAAAUCAGUAAAUGAAUGUAGGAUAUUAUUGAACCUAUGUGACAAUGGAGUGUGUGUAGAUACACCAGAUGGGUUCAGAUGUGAUUGUAACAAUGGAUACAGACCAGAUUCAGCAGGACAUAGGUGUAUAGACAUCAAUGAAUGUCAAGAAAGAAGAGGACUAUGUAGGAAUGGUAGAUGUAGGAAUACACCUGGAGGGUUUACAUGUGAUUGUAACACUGGUUAUGUCCUAACAAAGGAUGGAAGGGACUGCACAGACAUGAAUGAAUGUGCCACAACAAGGAUGUGUCCUAAUGGUCGGUGUGUAAAUAUGAAUGGUGGUUACAAAUGUGAAUGUAACCCUGGCUUUAGACAAUCACUCAACCAAAUGAUCUGUUAUGAUAUUGAUGAAUGUAAUGAAAAUGGUAAACUAUGUAUAAAUGGUCAGUGUGAGAACACUGUAGGAUCCUAUAGAUGUAUAUGUGAUAGAGGUUUCCAACUUUCUCCUGAUGGCGCAUACUGUCUGGAUUAUAAUGAGUGUGCCAAGUCUGGGAUGUGCACUCAUGGUAAAUGUGUAAAUAUGAAUGGUGGUUACAUGUGUAUCUGUAAUCCAGGAUUUGUUGCUGCACCUGAUGGAAAAGUGUGCAUUGAUGUAGAUGAAUGUGACAGAAAUCCCUGUGUUAAUGGAAUCUGUAUAAAUAACCAAGGAAGUUUUAGAUGUGAAUGUCCAGAGAGCUUCCAACUACAGACUGAUGGAAGAACUUGCUUAGAUGUGAAGACAGAUAUAUGUUACCAAGACAAGAAGAGAGGUGUGUGUAUUUUGCCCCUUCCACGGCCAAUGACAAGAUCCAUGUGUUGCUGUACAGAUAUCAGUUCAGCUCUAUAUAAAAGAUGGGGUGCUGCAUGUGAAGUUUGUCCUCUGACAGGAACCCCACAAUAUAAACAACUGUGUGAUGCCCUGCCAGAUACAGAUAUAAACGAAUGUGCCAUGAAUCCAGAGAUAUGCCAGAAUGGAGCAUGUGAAAAUUUAGACGGGUCUUAUAGAUGUAUCUGUAACCCUGGUUAUCAAGUAGACCAGUCGGGUAAAAGAUGUCAAGAUAUUAAUGAAUGCCAAACAUACCCCCAUUUCUGUACUGGAGGACAGUGUAGGAAUACAGAGGGAAGCUACACUUGCACUUGUCCUACUGGGUAUAGAUUUAAUCCAGACAGGUCUUCUUGUCAAGAUAUAAAUGAAUGUGUUGAGAGUAAACCAUGUAUAGACGCCCGCUGUACAAACACACCAGGAAGUUUUAAAUGUGACUGUACUAAUCCAGGGAUGAGAUUAGACUCUACUGGCAGAAUAUGUAUAGAUGACAGAAGAGCCUCUUGUUGGUUGGAGGUUAGAGGAGGUAGAUGUGAGAAAGAUAUAAAGACCCCUGUAACUAAAGCUGAGUGUUGUGGUAGUAUAGGAAAAGCUUGGGGAAGUCCAUGUGAAGAAUGUCCAAGAUCUGAGGAUAUGAAAUGCAGAAAAGGAUUUAAAUCUGAUGAUGGAAUCACUUGCGUAGACAUCAAUGAAUGUGAAUUAUUUCCUGAUAUAUGUGUUGGUGGAUUCUGUACAAAUACUAGAGGAUCAUUCAGGUGUACCUGUCCACCAGGGCUCUCUCUGGAUUCUUCAGGGCGUAAUUGUGUAGAUACACGACAAUCAUCAUGUUAUAUGGAGUACAGCAGAGGAUUAUGUUCUAGUCCUAUCUUUGGAAACUACCUUAAAUCUACCUGCUGUUGUUCAUUGGGAAAGGCUUGGGGAUCCCCGUGUAAAUCAUGUCCUAGAAAGGGAACAGAUGAGUACACAACUCUUUGUGCAAGUGUAGUAGAUGAGAUAAAUGAGUGUGUAGAGUUCCCUGAUGUGUGUUAUAAUGGCCAAUGUAAGAAUACAUUAGAAGGAUUUGAAUGUGUAUGUAAUCCUGGCUUUGCUACAGACCAACGAGGGGUAAAUUGUACAGAUAUUGAUGAAUGUAAGAUUUCCUUUGGAGUAUGUGGUGAUGGUACCUGUGUCAAUCUACCUGGUAGAUUCAGGUGUCAAUGUAAUGUAGGAUUUGAACCAGUCAUGAUGGAACAGAUGUGUAUGGAUAUUGAUGAGUGUCAGACCCAGCCUAGCAUAUGUACAGGAGGCACGUGUGAAAACUCUCCAGGGAGUUAUAUUUGUCAUUGUCCACCAGGUCAUAUACUGUCACCAGAUGGACGAUCAUGUAGAGAUGUGAAUGAAUGUUCAGAAGACAGCAGUAUCUGUACUAAUGGUAUCUGUGAGAAUUAUAUGGGUGGAUAUCAGUGUAGAUGUCUGGAUGGAUAUCAGCCUAAUGCUCAACAUACAUCAUGCUUAGAUGUUGAUGAGUGUGCUGUAAGGAAUGGUGGUUGUCAGGCUAUCUGUAUAAAUACUCCAGGAUCCUUCACCUGUGGAUGUAAACCUGGCUUCAUUUUACUACCAGAUCAAAGGUCUUGUCAAGAUGUUGAUGAAUGUAAGGAGAACCCAGACAUAUGUAGUAGUGGUAGAUGUACCAACUUACAAGGCUCAUAUAGGUGUACAUGUCUAGGUGGGCUAGCUCCUACUGAUGAUAACAAAAAUUGUAUAGACAUAGAUGAAUGCAACUUAGGAAAGGAUUUCUGUAGAAAUGGACAAUGUAGAAAUACACAUGGAUCAUUUACCUGCGUAUGUGAUCUAGGAUAUUCUGUCAAAGAAAGUACAAGUGAUCCAGGGUGUACAGACUUGGAUGAGUGUACAGAAGGCUCAGCUAGGUGUGACCCACAGGCAGUGUGUAUUAAUACCAUUGGGUCAUUCAAGUGUGACUGCAGACCUGGCUAUAGUGGUGAUGGAUUUACCUGUAGAGAUGUAAAUGAAUGUACACGUAACAAUGGAGGCUGUGAUAUAGAUGCCACCUGUAUAAAUGUACCUGGCAGUUUUAGAUGUGUUUGUGAUGAUGGCUAUACUGGCGAUGGCUUCCAUUGUAGAGAUGUUGAUGAGUGUACUGUAGACAGAUUAUCCUGUCAGAAUGGACAAUGUAUAAACAUUCCAGGCAGUUAUAGGUGUGAAUGUGAGAUGGGAUUUACUACUUCAGAAGAUGAAAAAGCUUGCCAAGACAUUGAUGAGUGUAUAUUCAAGCACUUGUGUGUAAAUGGACAAUGUGAGAAUACAUAUGGACACUUCAGAUGUAACUGUGCACAGGGCUAUACACUGGACCAGACAGGUGGAAAUUGUACAGAUAUAAAUGAGUGUUUGAAUCCAGAUAACUGUAGAUAUGGAACAUGUAUCAACACCAGUGGGAAGUACAUUUGUCAGUGUCCACCAAACUUUACACUGACACCAUCUGGAACAGCUUGUAUUGAUUUAAGAAUUGGUACCUGCUAUUUGGAAGGGCCUGCUGUAUCACAAGGAGUUGGUAGAUGUAGAGGAGAGAUUGGUAGAAACUUGUUACGAUCUUCAUGUUGCUGUUCUGUGGGGAGAGGAUGGGGUGAAGCAAGGGGCAUGUGUGAGCACUGUCCCAGAAAUGGAUCAUCUGAGUAUAAAUCCCUCUGUCCAGGUGGUACAGGAUUCAAACCAGGGAACACAACAACAGGUGGUAUAGAUGAUAUAAACGAAUGUGUAGAAAUCUCUGGUAUAUGUGAAGGAGGAGAAUGUCAGAAUACAUAUGGUGGAUAUGUCUGUAUAUGUCCUACUGGUUAUAGAUUACAAGGUCACAGGUGUAUAGAUAUUGAUGAAUGUAGAGAGAAUCCUUCAUUAUGUGGAGAAGGGACCUGUGCCAAUAUACAAGGAAGUUUUAAGUGUAUGUGUCCUGAUGGAUAUGUACCCAUGAUUGGGGAAAAAGGUUGCAUGGACAUGAGGAAAGGAAACUGUUAUUCGUCAUACUUUACACAGCGGAGCAGACCGUACCAGUUGAUUUGUGAAGAUCCGUUGUCAUCUAAUGUCACAAAAAAGUUGUGUUGUUGUAGUGCCCUGGGUAAAGCUUGGAAUUCUCCCUGUGAAGUAUGCCCAGAUGCUGGAUCUGGUAUAAAUGAAUGUGAGAUAUUUGGAAACAACAUAUGUAAGAAUGGUGAAUGUAUUGACACAGCAGAUAGUUUCAGAUGUCAGUGUAAUACAGGAUUCCUGUAUAAUCCAACAACAUUUAACUGUGAAGAUGAGGAUGAAUGCAGAAGACAGUUGUCACCAUGUGCUGGUAUAGCACAAUGUAUGAACACUCCAGGAAGUUACUUCUGUAGGUGUCCCACUGGAUAUAAACUGACCCCUGACCUUCACAGUUGUCAAGAUGUGGAUGAAUGUAGGGACAUAUCUGGAAUCUGUAACAAUGGUGAAUGUACCAACUUGGAUGGUAGCUUUAAGUGUAUCUGUAGACCUGGUUAUAGGCUUAACCAAAACAGAGAUUCUUGUUUAGAUAUUGAUGAAUGUGUGGCGAGACCAGGAUUUUGUAGAAAUGGUACAUGUGAAAACUUGGAAGGAGAUUUCAGAUGUCAUUGUAAUCCAGGCUUUUCACUGUCAGACUCUAGGGAUUGUGAAGAUGUCAAUGAAUGCUUGAACCAAGUAGGGAUGUGUCAGAAUGGACGAUGCAUAAACACACUAGGAAGUUUUACUUGUCAGUGUCAAGCUGGCUUCACAUUGUCACCAGAUGGUUUAAACUGUAUAGAUGUGGAUGAGUGUCAGGAAGACCGAGACAUCUGCAGGAAUGGUAUAUGUAGGAACACAGAUGGAUUUUAUAGAUGUUUCUGUGAUGACGGGUAUAUUAUGUCCCAGUCAGGAGAGUUUUGUGUUGACAAGAAUGAAUGUUUAACAGAAGAAGGAUUAUGUAGUAAUGGUAGAUGUGAGAAUACUGUUGGGGGAUUUAGAUGUAUCUGUCCUCCAGGUUCUGUCAUGACACUGGAUGGUAGAAGCUGCUUAGAUAUUAGAGAAGGUAACUGUUUCAACAGAUUCACCAAUGGCAGAUGUUUGGGUCCAAGGUCCAGGAAUACAACACGUCCAAAAUGUUGCUGUAGUCGAGGUGAAGCAUGGGGAAGCUCAGAACUUUGUGAGAUCUGUCCAAAACCUGGAGAAGCUGGUUUUGACUUGCUUUGUCCUGAUGGUUUUGGAAGAAUCACAGAUCCAUCUGGAGGAACAAGAGACAUCAAUGAGUGUGCAGACAACCCUGACCUUUGUAGGAAUGGUAGAUGUAUUAACACUGAUGGAUCAUUCAGGUGUGAUUGUGAUCCUGGUUAUAAACUGGACAGAUCUGGUACUACAUGUAUUGAUGAUGACGAAUGUGUAAGCAGACCUGGUAUUUGUGGAAAUGGUACUUGUACUAAUGUUAUAGGUAGCUUCAGGUGUUCUUGUAGUGCUGGAUUUGAACAAGGGGUAGACAAUACAUGUCAAGACAUAAACGAAUGUAAUGGUCCAUUGAACAACUGUGCCUUCAGGUGUGUCAAUAUACCAGGAUCCUUUGCCUGUAUCUGUCCAAAGGGAUAUUCCUUAGCUUCUGAUGGUAUUCAUUGUCAAGAUGUGGAUGAAUGUCAAACUCAAGCCAACACAUGUCGGUAUGCCUGUAAAAAUUUAGUGGGAUCCUUUAUGUGUAUCUGUCCUGAAGGCUAUAGAGAAAUAGGACCAAAUCAGUGUGUAGAUAUAAAUGAAUGUCAGACUAUACAAGGUGUUUGUCAGCAUGGUCGCUGUACCAAUCUACAGGGUGGUUACAGAUGUCAAUGCCAGCCUGGAUAUAGUGUCAGUAGUGAUGGAAAACAUUGUAUUGAUUCAAGAAAUGGUUACUGUUACCUUCAGCUAGCAGGAGGACGAUGUCGCCCUGAAUCAUCUACUGUAUCCUUGUCUAAAACAGAUUGUUGUUGUUCCUUAGCUGAUGCCUGGGGACCAGCUUGUGAAAGAUGUCCUUCAAGAAAUUCAAGAGACUUUAAGAGGUUAUGUCCUCAUGGUCCUGGAAAAGAUAUUGGAGGAGGAGAUAUAAAUGAAUGUUUGUUGUUUCCUAAUGCGUGUCUCCAUGGAAAGUGUGUGAAUCAAGUUGGUUCUUACAGAUGUAUGUGUGACAAAGGAUAUAAAACAGAUCUCUCAGGACACAAGUGUAUAGAUGUAAAUGAAUGUGAAGAUCGUCAGAAGCCAUGUGAAUUUGUAUGUCAGAAUAUCCCUGGCAGUUACAAGUGUGCAUGUCCUCGUGGUUAUGUGCUCAAUAUGGAUGGAAAGUCUUGUAGAGAUUUGGAUGAAUGUACAACAAUGCAGCAUAAUUGUCAACAUGAGUGUAUUAAUACAGUGGGAAGUUUCCAGUGUGGGUGUAUGACAGGAUUCAGACGUGGACCAGGACAACAGUGUAUUGAUAUAAAUGAAUGUAAUGAAAAUCGUGGUUUGUGUGGACCAGGAGGAACUUGUCACAAUACAAGAGGAAGCUUCCGAUGUACAUGCCCUGAGGGGUACAAAGUGGAUAUAACAGGAGAACAAUGUUUGGAUGUAGAUGAAUGUGCCGAUGGAAGAUGUAGAGAGGGCUGCCAGAACCUGCCUGGCUCAUGGAGGUGUACAUGUCCUCCUGGGUACAUACAGACUUAUGCUUGGGGACAGUGUGAAGACACAGAUGAAUGUACAGAAGGUUCUAUCUGUGGAGUAUCACAGUGUAUUAAUAUGCCUGGUAGUUACAGUUGUCAGUGUAAUACAGGGAUGGACUUUGAUCCUAACUCAUUGUCAUGUAUCAGUAAGUUUAUUACAGGGAUGGACUUUGAUCCUAACUCAUUGUCCUGUAUCAGUAAGUUUAAUACAGAAAUGGACUUUGAUCCUAACUCAUUGUCCUGUAUCAGUAAGUGUAAUACAGGGAUGGACUUUGAUCCUAACUCAUUAUCCUGUAUCAGUAAGUGUAAUACAGGGAUGGACUUUGAUCCUAACUCAUUGUCCUGUAUCAGUAAGUUUAAUAAAGGGAUGGACUUUGAUCCUAACUCAUUGUCCUGUAUCAGUAAGUUUAAUACAGAAAUGGACUUUGAUCCUAACUCAUUGUCCUGUAUCAGUAAGUUUAAUACAGAAAUGGACUUUGAUCCUAACUCAUUAUCCUGUAUCAGUAAGUUUAAUAAAGGGAUGGACUUUGAUCCUAACUCAUUGUCCUGUAUCAGUAAGUUUAAUACAGAAAUGGACUUUGAUCCUAACUCAUUGUCCUGUAUCAGUAAGUUUAAUACAGAAAUGGACUUUGAUCCUAACUCAUUGUCCUGUAUCAGUAAGUGUAAUACAGGGAUGGACUUUGAUCCUAACUCAUUGUCCUGUAUCAGUAAGUGUAAUACAGGGAUGGACUUUGAUCCUAACUCAUUGUCCUGUAUCAGUAAGUUUAAUACAGGGAUGGACUUUGAUCCCAACUCAUUGUCCUGUAUCAGUAAGUUUAAUACAGGGAUGGACUUUGAUCCUAACUCAUUGUCCUGUAUCAGUAAGUUUAAUACAGGGAUGGACUUUGAUCCCAACUCAUUGUCCUGUAUCAGUAAGUUUAAUACAGGAAUGGACUUUGAUCCUAACUCAUUGUACUGUAUCAGGAUUGACUCUGAUCUCAAUCCAUUGUCAUUUAUCAGUAAGGUUAAUACAGGGAUUGACUCUGAUCUCAAUCCAUUGUCAUUUAUCAGUUAUGUUAAUACAGGGAUUGACUCUGAUCUCAAUCCAUUGUCAUUUAUCAGUUAUGUUAAUACAGGGAUUGACUCUGAUCUCAAUACAUUGUCAUUUAUCACUUUGAAUGCUUGUGGUACUGAUCCAUGUCUGUUUGGUUGUGCUCCUACAGUGUCAUCCUUUACAUGUGGAUGUCCUAAUGGAUAUCAUAGCAUGGGACAAGGGCAUUGUGUACUGGCAGUAGAACCAACAUUACAACCUGGUCAGAACAUACCUCAUGUAGCAGCCCCAACAGGGGGACCAGGUGUCCCUCCAGGAGAAGGCUGUUAUGGCUGUGAUAUAGAAAAUAAAGACUUGCCUCUAUCAAAAAGAGCAAAAAGAAGUAUACAGGAUAACAACACCAAUAUGAACUCUACAAUUGAUGAGCCCUUGGAUCCAUCAAAACCAUUAAUACUAACAGUCCCAAGGUCACAGAUCAAACCAAAAAUGACAAUAUUGAAAGUUUUACCAGCUCUCGUAGCUCUCAAAGAUAAUGUACGGUAUAAAUUAGCUAAAGGAAGCGGGAAUAGAGUAUUCUUAAUGAAUACCAGGAAAGGAGUCAGUUCUUUACAGUUCAGGAGAAAAGUACGAAAGCAAAGAACAUUUAACCUUGACAUUGUAGCUCGUCCAAGAAUAAAAAGGGAAAAAAUUGGUGGCAAACUUGUACAUCUAAAGAAAGUUGAUAUUCUUCGUGGAUUAAAUUGUAAAGGUUUAACCGUUACCUCCGAUUCGAAAGAUUUUAUUUGGAAUAAUAAUACAGCACAGCAACCAGAAAAAGUCAAAAUGGGCCUUUUAAAGGCUGUAUCGUUGCUACUAGCAGUAUGUAUAGUAAAUGCAUCGAAAUUAGAUCUUCUCAUGCCUGAAGUGGCUCCCGAUAAGGCUGACACGUAUUUAUGUAUUCCACUGAAAAUGUCAGAGUUAAACACUUAUAUAGUUGGAUUUGAACCCCAUGCCAAUAAGAAAGUAGCCCAUCACAUGUUGUUGUAUGGUUGUACUACACCUGGUAUUCCGGGGGCUAAAGUUUGGAAUUGUGGUGGGAUGGAACAUCCAACAUUUAAAUCAGCAGGUACAUGCAAGACCGGAAACAAAGGAAUUAUAUAUGCUUGGGCUUAUGACGCACCGGGUCUGACAUUGCCAAAAGAUGUUGCAUUCAAAGUAGGCGGAGACACUGGUAUAGAUUACCUAGUGCUGCAAGUUCACUACAAAGAUGUUUCCAGUUUUCUACCUCCCAACAACGGAGUAGAUAGUUCAGGUGUCUCCCUAAUAACAACAGAAGUACCGCAGCCAAAGCGAGCAGGGGUAAUGUUACUAGGUACAAGCGGAAAGCUACCCAAACAUUCUGUAGAGUACUUUGAAUCUACUUGUAUGUACCGUGAGAGUUUCACGGUGUAUCCAUUUGCCUACAGGACACACGCUCACAUGCAUGGAAAGGUUGUAUCUGGCUAUGUUAUUAAGGAUGGUGUGUGGACAGAACUAGGAAGAAAAGAUCCAAUGAAACCAGAGAUGUUCUACAAUGUAACGACAACUGGAGUUAGGAUCAACCCAGGAGAUUAUAUGGCUGCUCGCUGUACAAUGAAAAAUGACGAGGACAGAGAUGUAUAUAUCGGAGCUACAAGCAAAGAUGAAAUGUGCAAUUUUUACAUCAUGUUCUACACCGAUGGAACCAAAACAACUUCCCAGAACUGUUGGACAGCAGGACCACCUUCUUUUUAUUGGGACGAAUCGACACAAUAUGCCAAGGCUAUUCACCCAGAAAACGCCCCAGAAAAUAUCAGUACAGAACCGGACAGUGGAAAGUCAUACAAAAUUACGACAAGAAAGGUACAACCCAUUGUUCAAGACAAAUAUCUAGACACUUUGGCAAAUUUGAGGAAGCCCAAAUUUGAUGAUGGAGAACUUGUAAACCUGUUGAGGCGUCUUGAUUCUUCAUUCAGACAACGCUACAGAGAUCAGGGUUUCUGAGUCUGAGUUUAGACAUAAGAUGUUAUGAUUGUGUUCAAGGAUACAUUGAAAUUACUGAUUGUUAUUGAAUUAUCUGUUGUUAUGUAUAUAGCUCGGGUAGGGAUGAGCUAAUGCAUUUUAAUAGCUAUUCGAGAAAUAAUUGAAAAUUUUACAUAGAAAAAUUAUUUUAACUCAAUGACACAUUAACAGAAAUAAUCUGUUUAUUCGAAGUGGAUUAUUGUUUAUUGUUUAACACUUUUUUGUUAUCAAUGAAACGGGUAUAUUUGUCCUGAAACUAGUCAUUACAUAUAUUAAUGGACACAAAAUUAUAAUCCCAUAGAAUGAAUCACAUAUGUACUUGUAACACAGGUUGAAACGAUCUUAUUCGUUUAAAGUAAUCACACUGCAGACUUUUCAUUCCCAGUUUUGGCUAAUUCUACUUAACUAACGAUUUUGUUUUUAUUAUUUUCAUUCAGGACAACACAAAUCUUGUUUAUAUUAUAGUCAAGUAUCACGUGAUUAAAAGUUUAUGUUUUUUAUGCA